AUGGCAGCAAUUGCUCGCACCUUGAGCCCACCAGAGAUAGCAAGCCAUGAUGCAACUCCAGCUCACGCCAACGGGAGUGUUCUCUCAAGCAAUUCGAGUCCCGUCAAUGGAAAUGCUACUGGCCCCAUUACGAGGGAUAUUUCGUCCAAGUACCGACACAUCGCUGCAGUUCACUCGAGAGCCCGCACUUCCUGCUUGAGUCGUGACGCAGAAUUAACACCUAGUUUUCUUGGUUUCAAAAAUCUAAUGGUUAUUGUAUUAGACAUACUUCUCGGUAUUGUUCUCUACCUGCUCGUUCCUUGCCAUCUCUUCGUCGCUUAUAUCAUCGAACUUGCCGCCGCACACCAAGCCAAAGGUGCCCUUGGUCGUGCCAAACGGCAUUCGGAGGAUCCUCCGGACAGCGCACAAGCCGCUAAGAGCUUCCGAACAACAUGGCUUACCAUUGCUUGGGCCCACGGCAUCAACGCCACCCUUUCCCUUCUCGUCACAAGCCUCACGGUGUACAACUUGAUCCAUCAUCCCCUCAUCGGCACCAUCUCGGAGGUGCAUGCCAUCAUUGUCUGGCUCAAGAUCUGUUCCUACGCUUUUACAAAUCGCGACCUCCGUCAUGCCCUCCUAAAAGCCGACUCUGCAUCCUCUAUCCCAGAGCUCUACUCCGUCUGUCCUUAUCCAAGGAACAUCACCCUCAGCAACCUAUCCUACUUCUGGUGGGCACCAACCUUAGUCUAUCAACCCGUCUAUCCCCGCACCUCUACCAUCCGUUGGCCUUUCAUUGCCAAGCGCCUCGCCGAAGCUACCAGUCUCAGCAUUUUCAUUUGGCUCGCAAGCGCCCAAUACGCCGCACCACUCCUCCAUAAUUCUGUUUUCAAGAUCGCCUCCCUAGACCUCCCUUCCAUCCUCGAGCGCCUGAUGAAGCUUUCCACUAUCAGUCUAGUAAUUUGGCUAGCCGGCUUCUUCGCCGUUUUCCAAUCCGUGCUCAAUGCAUUGGCGGAAAUUAUGAGGUUUGGCGACCGAGAAUUUUACACGGAUUGGUGGAACAGUCCGAGCGUUGGCACUUAUUGGAGGACCUGGAACAAGCCUAUCUAUCAUUUCAUGAAGAGGCACAUCUAUGCGCCGUUGGUGGGGAGGGGGUGGAGUUCGAAUGCCGCGAGCGCCUGGGUUUUUGUGUUUAGCGGGGUACUGCACGAACUGUUGGUAGGGGUGCCAACGCACAAUAUCCUUGGUCAGCCGCUGGCCGCGCUGUUGUACUUCUUUGCAUGGCAAGCCAAGUAUGGUAGUGUGAGCAAAAAUCAAAUUUACUCGAUGUGA